AUGGGGUGGCAGAGGGGCGGCGCGGGGGUCGGAGAGCAUCCCACGGGAGGUCCGGGCCGGCUGCCCGGGCUCCGUCUCCCCGCCCCGCGGGCGCUGCCCGGCCCGGGGGAGGCGGGAGGGGGCGGCCCGGAGCCCCGCUGCGGGUGCGGCCCCGCGGCCCCUCCCGUCUCCAUGGCGGCUGCUUAAACAGGCGGCGGCGGCCGCGCCCCCCGCCCCAGAGCGCGGCACCGGGAGCCCCAUGGCCGGCAGCGCUGAGAUGGCUUCCCUGGAGGAGAGCUUCCGCAAGUUCGCCAUCUACGGCGACACCAAAGCCACCGGGCAGGAGAUGAACGGCAAGAACUGGGCCAAGCUCUGCAAGGACUGCAAAGUCACCGACGGCAAGAGCGUCACCGGCACCGACGUGGACAUUGUCUUCUCCAAGGUGAAGGGGAAAACAGCCCGGGUCAUCAACUACGAGGAGUUCAAGAAGGCUCUGGAGGAGCUGGCCCCCAAGAGGUUUAAGGACAAGAGCAAGGAGGAGGCUUACGAUGCCAUCUGCCAGCUGGUGGCAGGGAAGGAGCCGAUCAACGUGGGCGUCACGAAAGCCAAGACGGUGGGGGCGGUGGAGAGGCUGACGGACACCUCCCGGUACACCGGGUCGCACAAGGAGCGCUUCGACGAGAGCGGCAAGGGCAAGGGCAAGAGCGGGCGGGAGAACAUCGUGGACACCAGCGGCUACGUCAGUGCCUACAAGAACGCGGGCACCUACGACGCCAAAGUGAAGAAGUAGGGCUGGGUGCUGCCCGCCGC